AACUCCUUACCAAACAAACAAUUGUUUCCAAAUUUAAUGAAAGUAGACUUUGCUAUAACAAUGAGCAUGAGCUGGUUAAUAACAACUUUAGUAGCCAUUGCUGCUUUUUUUUCUUCCCAAUUAGCUUAUGCCUAUGAUCUCAAUCCUCUACAAGACAUAUGUGUUGGAGUUAAAGACACUAACGCUUCUGUUUUCGUGAAUGGAAAGAUUUGCAAAGACCCAAAGCUAGCCACAACAGAUGAUUUCUUUGCUUCAGGACUUAACGUAAGUGGAAAUAUAGUUCGGGCUAAGUUUGGUUAUUCUGUAACUGUUGUGGAUGUAAACACAAUGCCUGGACUCAACACUCUUGGUAUUUCUUUCAUUCGUGCUGACAUUGAGCCACGUGGCCUUAUUCCACUACACACACACCAACGAGCUACUGAGCUCAUAACUAUAUUGGAAGGAACUAUUUAUGCUGGAUUUCUUCUCCCUGAUUCUCCAAACAUCUUUAAGAGUCGUCUCUUCUCGAAAAUUUUGAAUCCUGGCGACGUGUUUGUGAUCCCACAGGGGCUUAUACAUUUCCAGUAUAACGUGGGAAACAAAAAGGCUACAGUACUCGCUUCUUUCAACAGUCAAAAUCCUGGAUUUGUCAUGAUUCUUAAUUCAAUCUUUGCUUCGGAUCCGCCUAUUCUCGAUGAUGUUCUUGCCAAAGCUUUUCAGCUUGAUAAGAAAGUGAUUAAACAACUCCAAAAAAAGUUCUCUGAUUAGUGUAUUACUAUCACUGUGUUUUCCAAAAGUUGUGUGCGACUGCUCACUGGCGAUUUGUAAUAAGUGCUGGAAAACUUUUCUCUAAGUUUAACACUGUUUGUUGUAUUUGUCCAUCCGUUUAAUGUAAAUUUAAAAUAUUUGAAGAAUCUCUGUAGAUCUGUAACCAGUAGAUUCUU